UCAACUCUAAAGUCCAAUCCUCGGCUGGAAAACGAAGAAGAAGGAACAAAAUUUAGGUUUCGAGAUUGCAAGAUAUUAAAAAAGGUUUACGCCGCCAACACCGUAAAACCUCAAUCAUCCUCGUCGUCCUUCCUCUUUCAAGCACCGCAAUCUCUCUGUGUCUCUGUCUCCGCCGCCAUGUCUUCUGCCUCCGUCCCUGAUUCUGUGUCCUAUGACACCCCCAAAAGCAAAUCCCUAACUGAACUACGACCCAUCACUGGCGACAAAAGUGAUUCCGAUCUAAACCCCUCACACCUAGGUGGGGAUUCGGGGAAGCAGAAUAAGCGGAAGAGAAAUGAUGAGUCCCAGAGGAGAGAGACGAAGAGGCACAAGGCCAUUGAACACUUUUCAUCAAGGAGAAAAGAAGAAGCGGAAAAAGAAAAAGCAGAUGUUGUGCCUCCCUCUACAAUGUCUCCUAGGCUUCGGGACAGGGGACUUGAAUCCAAAUUUCCCAUUCGCGAUGAUCACUAUGUGCGUCACACCGAUCAGACCUGGCCAUCUAAAGACGGAGGUAGAGUGCAUGGUGAUAGACACAUACCAUCUUCUGCACAUGUCAUUUCUAAUGCACCAAGUCCACCUGAUACUUCUAAUACUACUCCAGUGGUACAACCUUCGUCAUCAUUCUCUGGGAAGACACCACUACCUAAGCCAGCACCAUUGCAACCACCAGAUAAGACCUUAAGUGAAAAUUGUAAGGUCGACUACCAUAAACCACGAAUGUUGGAGCAAAAUGAUGAGAAACAUCAGAAGAAUAAGAGGGUAUGUGAAGAAUUAGUACAAAGGAGCAGCACUAUACAUGGAAAACAGAGCGGCCAGGUUGAUAUCUCUCGAUUAAAUUUAGAAGAUCAUACUAAGAAAGUUCAGAAGUCUGAAAGAAACAGAUGCUCUACACAAGAUAUUGCCUCUGGGUUUAUGGAUGAUAACAACACGAGGGACAUACAGCUUCACAGUAAUGUGGAAACCAUUUCUGAAGUUCCAGUUGAAGCUUCUGAGGGGAAAAGCAGGGAGAAAGGAGAUAAAUACAUGGGAACUAAUGAUGGUUCAAAGCAACCUGCAAAUAGUGUGUCUGUUAGAAAUGUCUUGUGUGAUGUUAAAUCUGAGUCACAAUUUGUUCACAAGAGUCAUGUGACUGGGAGAAACCAUUUGUCAAAACCAAGGCACACUCGUGAUGAUGUUAAAUCUGAGUCACAAUUUGUUCACAAGAGUCAUGUGACUGGGAGAAACCAUUUGUCAAAACCAAGGCACACUCGUGAUGACCACAUUUUGCGCAGAGAAGAUGACCACAUUUUGCGCAGAGAAGAUAAGCACAUUUUGUGCAGAGAAGAUGACCACAUUUUGCACAGAGAAGAUGACCACAUUUUGCGCAGAGAAGAUGACCACAUUUUGCGCAGAGAAGAUGACCACAUUUUGCGCAGAGAAGAUGAGCACAUUUUGCACAGAGAAGAUGACCACAUUUUGCGCAGAGAAGAUAAGCACAUUUUGCGCAGUAAAGGCAAGCACAUUUUGCCCAGGGGGGAUAAGCGAGCUGUGUCUAGAAAGCCCUUGCGGCCUCAAGGACUUUACCGACCUGACAUCAAUGCCACGUUGAAUGCAAAAAGUGUUGAAUUGCGAAAACCUGGUGGUAAAAAUCCAAUGCCUUUUGCAUGUGAUACUUGCCAUCUUAAGCUUUUGUCAAGACAAGGUUACGACGCCCAUAUAAAAGAGUUUACUCACAUCCGUAAAGUAGAGGAGGUUAGUAAAAGAGUUACAAACCUCAAGCAGGCGGUGUCUGAUGCAAUUAAUAUUCUAGUUCAACGAGGUGAUGGUAAUAGUGCACUUUUUGUUGAGCUCCUGACGACUGUUCUAUCUAAAACACAAGUUACAAUAACAGAACCUGCACACACAUCUGUUGAUGGACCAAGUUCUGAACCCCAGUUAUUGCAAUCAGAAAUCCAAGCACAUGUUGAUAUUGAAGAUUCUUCCGGCAAAACAAAAACUGAGCUGGCAGUGGAUGUUGAGAUACCGGGGGCACCCACAUCUAUGGCUGGACCAAGUUAUGAAGCCCAGUUGUUGCAGUCACAAGUAUCAGAAAUCAAAGCUCGUGUUGAGAAGGAAAAUCCUUCCCGUGAAACAAAACCUCGGCUUGUGGUAGCCGCUGAGAUAUUGGCACCCACAUCUAUGACUGGACCAAGUUGUGAACCUCAGUUGUUGCAGACACAAGGUUCAGAAAUCAAAACACAUGUUGAGAUGGAAAAUGCUUCUGGUGCAACAAAAGCUGAGCUGGCCAUGGCUGCUGAUAUACCAUCUCCCGCAUCUAUGUCUGGACCAAGUUAUGAACCUCUGUUGCGGACUCAAGCAUCAGAUACCAAAGCUCAUGUUGGCAUUGAAAAUCCUUCAGGCGAAAUAGAAAUUGAGCUUGCCGUGACUGCUGAGGUACCUGCACCCACAUCUAUGACCGGAGUAAGUCAUGAACCCCAGUUAUUGAAGGCCCAAGUAUCAGAAAGUAAAAAACAUGUUGAGAUAGAAAAUCUUUCAGACGAAACAAAAACUGUUACCUGUCCCACUGAGGUCAAAAGCUAAGGCAGGUGCAAGUGUCAGCGCCCAAAGUGGAGAGGGUUCUGAAACUAAAAGGCUGUAAAAUUUCCUCAAGAUGGUUCAGUUGUGAUACCCGCUUCUACCCAAGCUUUUUUAUGACCAAAUACCUUCGGAAUAUGUAGUUCCCAUUGCUUGGUAGGACUAAAGAAUACUCAACUAUUCUCUCCCGCACUUCAAUUUUUUCAUUUUCGGGGGGCUUCAAAGAUAUUUACAUAUUUUCUUGGGAUAUGAAUUUUGCCAGUCAAUGCAAUGUUAGGAUGUCCCAAAAGUUUUUUUUUCUGCAGUAGCACGUGUGCUUUUUUAUAUUCUCAAUAUAGCACAUUGUAAAGAAUAUUUACCCUGAUAACAUGGUU